AUGGCCAACUUCUCCAAGGUGGUCAUCUACAAGGCCCACCGCGUCGAUCCCGCGCGCGCAGCCAAAGCCGCCAGAGUCGUCCGCUCCAUCAGAGGCAGAUACCGGGCACAGGCCUUCUUGUUUCUAGCCUACCACUUCUUCCUCUCCUCGCCCCUGCAUCUGGACGUCUUUGUCAUCUUCUUCAUCCUGAGCCUGUCGCCGGGCGCUGCCACUCAGAAUCUUGAGCUGCGUCUGCCUGCGACGUGCGAGCCGCCGUCUGAGAGCCAUCCGCCCAAGCGCGCAGUAUGGAUUGUCUUUGGAGCCACCGGCCACAUUGGACGCUCGCUCGUGCGCGCCAUCCUCGCUCACGGUGACCAAUGCACGGCCGUGGGAUGGUCUCAUCAGAACACGCCCGAGCAGAUGCAGGAGUGGCAGGACAGGCGCUGCCUCGGGCUGCUGUGCGACGUGCGCGUACGAGAGACGGUGGAUUACGUGCUGAAGAAGAGCCUCGAGCACUGGGGCAAGAUGCAUGUCAUUGUGAACAGCACGGGCUACGGUGUCAUUGGAGCCUGCGAGGACCAAGACGACUACGACCUGCGGAACCAAUUCACCACAAACUUCCUCGGCACGCUGCACAUCAUCCAGUUGUCUCUCCCCUACUUCCGUCAGCAGAGCGCUGGUCGCUACCUCAUCUUCUCCUCCACGGCUGGCUCGCUCGGCGUCCCCGGACUGGGGCCCUAUUGCGCCACCAAGUACGCCGUCGAGGGUCUCAUCGAGUCGAUGCUGUACGAGGUUGAUGCCUUCAACAUCAAGGCAACACUCGUGGAACCCGGUCACGUCCGACUCGACGAGCCAGACGACAACAUGCUCCCUUCUGGCUAUCCCAUCACGCCUGGUGCGGGGCCUCCAAAGCCCAAACGAUAUGGCCACUUUUCUGUAAAGCCCAACCCCAGCGAGCCGUACGCCGCCUUGACCAGCCCUGCUCAGCACGCGCGACGGAUGGUGCAGUGGCUGAACGACAGACAGCCCGUCAGCGCCGUCAAGAGCGCGGAGCUGGUGUGGCAGCUGGGGCAUUGCAGCUACCCGCCACUGAGACUGAUCUUGGGGAGCUAUGCUGCGGACAGCAUCCGCGACCGACUGCGGAGCAUCACCGAAGAGAUCGAAGACUGGAAGCACCUCUCCUUCCCCGUCGCGGCUGCAGACGACGAUGCCACGUCGGAAAAGGGCAGGGCGUCGGAGAAAGGCGACGACGAGCACGACGAAGACAACGAAUGA